GCGCCUAGCAUGAUCCUUUCUAGCUGACAGAUUCCCGCGAGUCAAGAUCCGACAAAACCUAUCAUUUCUGGGUAACAAUCCUACCGUUGUGAGAUGCCCUACGGGGCUAUGCUCCCAGUAUGCAACUCAGCCCACUACAGUCUCGACUGGCUGCGUCCGUGAUAGCCUCAUGUCUUCUACUCGUUAUCUAUCUGUUUCUAUUCUCCCCGCAAUUCGCUCUAGCCGCCGAGUUCGACCCCGUUUUAACCGAUCUCGAUGCGCCCGAAUUGGCCUACGAAAUACAAGAUGGCAAUCCGUCGGAAGAGUUGGACUUCCGCAGUUCAACAUAUGAGCCGGAGUUUGCGCUGUUUGAUCGGAGCAUAAUAGGGAGAGUUCCUGAUAAUGUGGCUACAAUAGCCAACAACCAAGUUGCAAAGAGCAAUCUUGCCCCCGGUGUUAAUAUGGCCUAUGUUUUCCUAGCAUCUUCAGUCUCUAGCAGGGAGACGCAAGAUUCGGAUCAACCAUUGGAGCUUCGAAGAAGUCUGAAUGGAACACAGGAAGCGGCUUCGGAUAGCCAUGGUGAUGAUGACAUUGCCAUUGAUACGGAACUUACUCGGCGGGCGACAAAAACAUUAUGGAUAUCCGCAAAUACUUGUGAUCAGCCUUGGCGUUUAUCAUCAUUGACUACCAUGGAUCCCCCGCAGCUCACUUUAUAUGUCUCGACGUCAUCUGACAAUACGUCUCCUGGUCCGCUAAAAGGCACGACUGGACAAGAUGCCAUUGUAUUUACAGAAGGCGCUGUCAUGUACAAUGUUUCUUUAGACCGAGACAUUUAUAUGAGCGUCGCAGCUCCGAGCGUUUCGACAGAGUACUUCGACACCACAAAAGAGUACAAUUUUGAACUUGUUGCUUCAACUGACCAAUAUUAUUAUUCGUAUCGCAACGCUACGGGUGAAACUGACCUUAUAUGGGUUGACAGCGAUGCAACGGCGGCUCUGCUGCAGACAAGUUUUCUAACGAAUACAUCGGAUCAAAUCCUCACUUCGAUGCCAUAUGUUGCUUUUGCCCACAAUCAGAAUAAUAACGUCCUUAAUGGGAUGCGCAACUCCUACUGUGGUUUGAGUGGAUAUGCUCAGGUUAGGAACCUGGCUGACGGGAGCAGCGGAAUGAUAACAAUGGGGUUGAAAAAUGGAGGUUACAUGAAUCUGACACGACAAGAGUUCUAUGUCACCGGCCUCAAUGCUAGUUCUAAUUAUACUGGCUUUCUCGCACGUCCUCCAGGAACGACGAGUAAUUCGAAACGACAAAGUGGUUCUUCCAGUGCAGGUGGUGGUGUUGUAUUUCAGCCAACUACAUUCCAAACUAAACCUGAUGGAACAUGUACAUUCAUCUUUAACAUGACGUUUUGUGACCAAACGCAAUACGCUGUCCCUGGGAACCUGACCAAUUUCCCUAAUGGCACAGUCCUCGCCGAAUUUUAUGAUAACUAUACGCGAACUAUGUACGACAAUUUCGACAAGGUCUUGCAACAAGUUCCCUGCGAAACUAAUUCGGUUGCCAAGUAUUCUUUGGCCAGAAAUUGCGACGACUGUAAAUCUGCUUACAAGAAUUGGCUCUGCUCUGUUGCUAUACCACGCUGCGAGGACUUCUCGCAGCCUGACCGAUGGUAUCUACAGAUGCGGAACAUUGCGUCUCCUUUCGCAAACGGUUCAUUUGUGAACCAGUCCCUAAUAGAUAAAUAUGGAGAGAUGCUAGCCUACAACUCAUCUCGGAACCCCAUAAUCGACGAUACUGUUCAGCCAGGUCCGUAUAAGGAAUUAUUACCUUGCGAGGACCUGUGUUACGAUUUAGUACGAAGCUGCCCGGCCUCAAUGAAGUUUAGUUGCCCGCGACCGCGGAAUGAAUUCACGUUUCACAACAGUUAUGGACGAGAUUUUGGCUCUGGCAGUUUGUCCUGCAAUUAUCCCGGAUCUGCACACUAUCCAGCUGGAGCAGACACGCUUACCCUUCCCGGGUUGGCACUUGUCGGCGCUGCAAGCAUACUUUUUAUGGUGCUUCUAUGAGCGUAUCACAUUAGGCGGGAAUACAGGGUCAUCGAUGGAAGGCGUCAUGGCUUGGUCGGUCCGCACCAUUUAUGGUCAUGUUGGACGAAGAACAAAAG